CUGAUCUGAUCGAGGUUGAAGUUUCUGUUGGAAUGAUCUGGACUUGGAGCAACAGACCUCCUCCCUCACUGAAGUGUGAAACUUUGUGUGGUUUAGCCGAGCAGUGUGAGAGUGUCAGUAGAUGAUCAGCAGAGGAAAGUGAAGCUGCUGUGAGCUGAUGUCCUGAAGGGCUUUUAAAGAGUCUCUGAGUUUGACAGGAACAUGAAGAUGUUUGUGGUGUUUGUGAUCCUCCUGCACGUUUCCCAGCAUGCCCUGGCUGUGGUGGUGGAGGUGUAUGAGGAGGCAAAGUCUGUUCUGCUACCCUGUCAGUACUCUGGUAUUAUUCCUGAGAACAAUCCCACAGUGAUGUGGAGUCGCAGUGAUCUCAGUCCCACAUCUGUCCACCUGCGACGAGAAGAAGGUGAUGAUCUCAAAAAGCAGAACCUCCGCUACAGCGGGCGCACAUCAAUGAGGCCUGAUGCUCUGGAGACUUCAGACUUCAGCCUCACUCUGACAAACCCAGAACUGACUGACAGCGGCGUCUACACCUGCUCCAUCAGUGAUGGGAAAGAAGAAACAGGACAGAGAAAUGUACAGCUAAAGGUCAAAGACCAGCAGGUGGAGAUAAGAGUGGAGGAAGGCUCAGACUCUGUCAUCCUGCCCUGCCAAACAAGACCUGACUUACCUGGUGACACCUCAGUGGAGUGGGCUCGCUCUGAUCGAGAACUAAUGAUGGUCCAUGUGUAUCCAAACAGAAGUGAGAACCUUAAGAAACAGGACGACCUUUACUGUGGUCGCACAAAGAUGAAUGAAGACCUGCUGAGAACUGGAGACCUCAGUCUGACCCUGAAAUACCCCACACAGAGAGACAGUGGAGGAUACAUCUGCACCAUCUACAGGGACAAAAACAUCCUGAGACAGAAAGUAGUGCUGCACUAUGUCAGAGAAAAACUUCCACUUUGGGCCACAGCUGUCGUAGUUCUUCUUGUUCUUGUGUUUUUUGGGGGUCUCAUAUAUAGUUUUCAACACUAUUUCAUGUCAGACUGUCAGGUGCAGGUGGAGUCAGGGGUGGAGUCUGUAAAGCUGCCUUUCAAAACCAAAGCAAAAAAUAUACCUGAAGAUGCUAAAGUGGAAUGGAAGGACAGAUACAACAACAAAGUCCAUGUGCACCAGAAUGGUUGUGAUAGGAUUGAAGACCAAAGCCCAGCAUACAGGAAGCGAACAGAGAUGAACCUGCUAGAAACUGGAGACCUCAGUCUGACCCUGAAAUACCCCACAAACAAGGACAGAGGCACCUACACCUGCACCGUCUACAACAAGGAGGGAGGAAAAUUCCAGAUAGACAAACAGGUGGAGCUUAAAGUCAGAGUCCCCCAGGUGGAGGUGGAUUCAGGGGUGGAGUCUGUCCAGCUGCCUUUCAAAAUCAGAGUUCGUCUGAUUAAAAAACUCCCUAAAGUGGAGUGGACGGAGAACAAGAAGAAGGUCCAUGUGUAUAAGAAUGGCUCUGACCAGCCUGAAGAACAGCACCAGGAUUACAGAGAUGAAUGAAGACCUGCUGAAAUCUGGAGACCUCAGUCUGACCCUGAAAUAUCCCACAGACGAGACACAAACACCUACACCUGCACCGUCUACAGCAGGGAGGGAAACAUCCUGCUGAAGAAACAAGUGGAGCUUAAAGUCAGAGGUCAGAGCAUACAUAGUUUUGCCUUGGAUUUGAUAUUUGAUAUCAUAUUCAUUUUUGACCUUUUUAAACAAAUCUUUUUUCUCCAGCCUGAUUUUUUUUUUUUUUAAAUAUUUUUAACUAGAAAUGCAGCAAUGAGAAUUAUUGCAAUACAACAACUAAAAAUAAUGGGUCAGUUACUGAUGAUACUAAAAACAUUUUAUCUGACCGUUUUGGAAAGGCAUAUUAAAGCCAUAUAAAGUGAUGGCUGUUGACUAACCUUUUGCUUCGCUGCACCC